AUGUCCAACCCUGAGAUGUACAAUUCCAAGUACGGAUCCAUCGACAAACUUUCUUCGACCAAUUACGAUACCGGUACUUGGAAGCCCCGCAUAUCCGCAAUCCUCUCAGCAAUGCUCGCACUAAAGAUUGUUACCGGCGAAGAAACCGGGAACGCCCUGCCCGCCGGAAACUCCGCUGCGAAUGUCGCGAAACAAGAAAGCUUCGGAAGCGGCAAGCUCUUGCCACCACCGUCAUCCUACUAUCCUGCACCCACCGCAACCAUUCACAAGAAAUGUCGUUUCAAGGAUUCGAACCCGCUCAUCGAGGAGCUAUCUCUAACUGCGCCGGACAUCGCAUCAGAUCCUAUCGAUCCUAUCCUACUCCAGCAGACACAGACGUGA